AUGGCGCUUCCCCCGCAGCAGUUCUGUGUUCGGUGGAAUUCCUACCACACUAAUUUACAGGCGGUGUUCCCCCGCCUCCUCCUCACGGAGCAGUUCGCGGACGUGACGCUGGCGUGCGAGGCAAAGCAACUCCGCUGUCACAAACUAGUGUUGUCCGCAUGUUCCGCUUACUUGGAGCGACUUCUGCUACAAAACCCUUGCGACCACCCGAUUGUGUUGAUGAGGGAUAUGCGGUUCAGUGAAAUGCAAGCGUUAGUGGACUUUAUGUACAAGGGCGAAGUGAACGUGACUCAGGAAGAGCUGCCCAGUCUACUGAAAUCUGCUGAAGCCCUUCAAAUAAGAGGUUUAUGUUCGGGAGAAACAAGCACGACGGGAGAGGGACGCACGGACUCACGCGACUUCACGCUAGCGAGCGACGCCUUACUCGCCAACGUGCAGAAAGACGCGGGGAAUGCACAACAACAGCAACAACAAACACAACAACAACAACAACAGAAACAACAAAACACAAACACAACAAACGGGCCGAAGAAGAGGAAAUCAGAAGAGAGGGAGAAGCCCGAGGUGAAGGAGGAGACAGUGGAAGAGGACGGACUCUAUUACGGGGAGUUGGAAAAUGAGCACUUGGAGUAUAAUGAGGAUGAGGAAUCAAGCAAACCUGGCAGCAGCUUAGGGCAAACUUCAGGACGCAACCCUUAUAUACGAGUAAAACCGGAGAGCGAACUGUUCUUCCACAACAAACUACAAAACCUAGCGAAUUCCGAUUAUGUCAAUCGAUUGUCCAAAAUGAACGCAUCCGAAAUUCAAAACGAAUUUUCCAAAUACGGCCUAACAAAUAUGGACGAGUUUCAGAAAACCGAAAACGAUUAUUAUAAAUCGUGGUUAGAACAAAAUGGCGAAUUAGAAGUGUCUUUGUUAAAAUCGACAAAGAAGACCACAAUCAAAAAAAUCGAUAACCAAAAAUCGGAAAUCGAAUUAAUACCAAAAGGGGAUAAAGUUAUAAAAAAAAGGGGGAGGCCCCCUAUUUUCAAGGAUAAAAACGUGGAUAUCGGGGAGAGUGUUUUAAAGGCUGAUUUGGAACAAUUUUUGGAGGGAAAAGAAGUUAGUUCUUCGGGAUUGUCGCGGAAAGAUCUAGAAAGAAUCAUGAUGGGAAAGUUUAAUCCGAAUAGGCGUUACUCUAAUGAGGCGAUGUGGGCCGCUCUGAUGGAUGUCAAAAAGGGGGGCAGUAUAUAUAGAGCGGCACAGACACACAAAGUGCCAAGGAAAUCAUUGAGGAACUGGAUGAAGCGUUGCCACAUCAAGUCGUCCUUUCCGAUGCCGCAACAACUAAAACAAUUUGUGGAAAAUAGCAAAAAACAACGCGAUCAGAAUCCAGAAAAACCCACCAAUUUUGGUCCAGACAUUGAUUUUGGGAAGCAUUUUUUGACUUGCAACCAAAUAUCUAGCGAAGAUGAAAAAGUGGAGAUUGAUGGCAGCACCGCCCUCAAUAUGUCUCUACACGAA